AUGCACUUCACAAAGCUUUACCUGGCAGUCUCGUUAGCUGCCUCAGCCCUCGCCCUGCCGACCAGCUUACCACACAAGAGGGCACUGCAGUUCCGCCAAUAUGCCGACUUCCAGAUCUCCGAUGGCAAGGCAGGGAAUGCUCUGAGUGAAGCCCAAGCAAAAUUCCCAAUUGAUACAAACAACUUGAAAGGCGUCUCCGAUGAUGAUUUGGCCAUCAUCAAAGCCGCCCGCGAGACAGCAGAGGCCGCGGAGACCGAUGCAUUCAACGACCAGAUCAAGGCUGCAAGCGGCGACGCUGCUACAGCAUUGCAAAAUGGCAAGAUCAAGAACAAGGUUCUGAAGCUGUUUCUCGAAGUGUCAGCCCUGCAGAUUGAGCAGGCUCAGGGGGCUGACAACCAGGACAAGAUCGAUGAGGAACAGAAGAAGCUGAACAACAAUAUCAGCCUGGACAAGAAGGCGUCUGGCGAAGCAAGCAAGGGCGUAAAGUUCACGGACGAUGUUGAGCCAGAUAAUUAG